AUGGAACAGACUUUCCUGCGCUAUUUCCGCCCAGAAAAUGCACGUUUUGUGAAAGACAUCUUCAGAACCAUCGCCAAUAUCCCUCUGGACCUGGAUCUCACAGACAAAAACGCCCUAGCGCAGCUGGCAGCUGAACCGCUUUCAUACCAUCCCAAGUACAACAAAUUGUCCAUCUUUUUUCUAGGAGACCAUCCUGGGCUCCCCGCAUUAUACGGCGGCAAUCUCCCGCCAGGCUCAUUACUGUGUGCCGAUCCUGUGGGGUGGCAGGCACACUCGAAUCCUGUACUUGGUGGGGCCGAGGCACUGAUAUCGGUGUGUAAGAAAACGUUCUCGACCAUCCCAAUGCUUCAGGACGUGACGAAACCUCCUGCUUGGGCAAUAGAUCCAAGCAAAGACCAGUCCCGUAGAGCACAAUUCUAUGAUGGGUACGGUUGUGAGAACCUCGGAGACACCGACAGUGACUAUCUGGACAGCGCCGGCGCCGUACUCCUGCACGAGCUGUUGCACUUCCCUGGCCUCUUUGCCGACGUUCCCAAUUACGAUGCCAUGAUCCCGUUCAGCAGCGUAGCGUCAGCGCAUUGGAUCAGCGACUGGAUGGGACCUUAUCCAAGAAAUGGUUAUGGGGCCUACAACACCAUGUCUAUCAGCAAGAGGCCCCCCAGAGAUCAGGACGGACGGCUGUUUCUGCCAAUCUACAAUGCCGACAACUACGCAUGGUACGCUAUCAGCAGCUAUUUUUCCAGAGUGUGCAAGAAGGAUUUGCAGGAUGCUCCAAGUGAGCAGGCCGUCUGGAAGCAUCGUCGACAACCGUUAUGGCCAUUCAAUGUUCCGCCCAGUGUAGACGUCUCAGCCUGUAGCACCUUCCGCAUCAUGAAGAUGUCCUCGACAGUCCAUCACUCUACGAAGGGUGACUUCCUCGGACGUCUACACGAUCAAAGCAUCAUGUACUUUCUUCACGCAUGA